GCGGAGUCUACGACAAGAUCAAUAGCCUGUCCAACAAUCCGUUGGCCCAAAAACAGUAUCUCAGCGCGCUACGCGCCACCUACAGACCGGCCAUCGAUUUAUGGUACAUCCAGGUCAUCGACAGAGCCGAGGACUUGCUGACUCGCAGGCUGGAGAUGAGGGGUCUGAUCGAAAAAUGAACACACACCACUUGACCACUUCGCGAACCAAUCCGCAGUUCUAUAUAUUCAGUCAGCUCUUUGGUAACGAUUUCAACUGGAAUAAUUGCAAUUGGGAGGGCAUUCAAAACGUCACCUGGGAAGAAUUCUGGCAGCGUGAGGGGCAUGAGCUGCUCGAGCAAAAGUGGCACAAGCGGUUUCCCGAAUACAAAGAUCUUAUCGACGUGGUCUCGUCGGAGGAGCAAGGCCUCUGGCAGGAACUGUGGGAGAAGCACGCCAGCGAUUACAGUGACAAGUUCUGGUAUAUAUUUAGCUGUGCCUUUGAGAACUACCAACGCUAUUUGGCCAAAUCAUUUGGCCUUGUCGUCGCUAAAAACUCAGAAGAUGUUGAGCAGGACUUACAGAACCUAAGCCUUACAAAUAAGCCAAUAAAAUCGAAACAGCAAAGAGAGAAAGAGGAGAACGAAUCAUACUUGACUGCCAAGAACGAUCCCGAAGAUUGUGACGAGGAACAACAGCUGCGCCUUCUCGGAUUGCCAACAUCAUUUGCGUCAAAGGCACAUAUUAUUAACAGACAGGAAAAAAAGACACAGUACGAACCAUCUUGUAGCGAUAGCGAGGACGACGAGGAUCUGUUGACCAUGGAGAACAGCGAAAACGAGGCUCUGCACGGCGUUCAGAGUGGUUCUGUUAAGAAGAACAAACGACGGCAAGGGCAACUAAAAAAGCACAAGGCCAGGAUGCCUGAGUGCAUGCAAGAGGAUAACAACAAAAUGGUCAAGUACUGGGUCAAGCGAUUCUCGCUGUUCUCCCGCUUCGAUCAGGGCAUUCGGCUGGACCGCGAGAGCUGGUUCUCGGUGACACCAGAAAAGAUUGCCAAACAAACGGCCCGCCGACUGGCCUGCGACGUGAUCUUAGAUGCUUUCUGUGGAUGCGGGGGCAAUGCCAUUCAGUUUGCAAACACCUGUGGACGCGUAAUUGCUGUGGACAUCGAUGCCGAGAAGCUGGCCAUGGCCAAGCAUAAUGCCGGCAUUUAUGGUGUGGCCCACAAGAUCGAGUUUAUCCACGCCGAUUUUCUGCAGUUUGCGGCCACCACAAAGCUGCGCCCAAAUGUGGUUUUCCUGAGCCCACCCUGGGGUGGUCCUGACUACCAAAAGCAGGCCACCUUUGAUAUCGAAACUAAUCUCCUGCCCGUUGGUGCCAGCAAUCUGAUGCAGCUGUCCCGUAGCCUGGCAUCUGACGUAGCUUUCUUUCUGCCACGCAACGCCAAUAUGAAGCAGGUGGUCGCUCUAAGUGGAGUUGGGCAGCAGUGCGAGGUGGAGCACAACUAUCUGGACACCCGAAUGGUUGCGCUCACUGCUUAUUAUGGUAAGGGAAUCAUAAAGGGUUCAGUGGGUGAAGAUGAGUAGGAUUCGAUUUGUUAGAAAAAAAAGGGAAACAUAAAGGGUUCAGUGGGAAAAAAAAAAAGGGAAA